UAAAAAUUUAAAAUUAGCAUUUUUUUUUUCUCAAGAUAAACUACUUAUAAAGUAUAGUUUCGACCCAAUAAAUUUUUUAAUUAGUGACAAAUUUUAAAGCAGAAAAGAAAUCCUGUAGGUCAAGAAGAGGAGAGCAUUUUGUCUGCUUUCAAAGACCAAAGAAAGGAGAAAUCCCCUUUUCUUGCGGUGUUUGAUGAGGAAAAACAUGUUAGGGCUCACUUCGUUAUCACACUCACCAAUUCCAAUUCCAAUUCCAAUUCCAAAUCCAAUUCCUUCGAUCUCAAGACCUCUCCCUCUUCCUCUGCUCAAUAAUCAUUUAACUGUAACGUAUUCUGCUUCUGCUUCGCUCCUCUGUACCCAAACCUCUAAGAACCGCAGGAGAUUCGCGGCGUUUGCAGAGAACGGCAAUAGCGGGCUCAGCCGAGAACCCAAAGGAGGAAGGGGAGACGAUGAAGAAGAGGAAAGGAAGGAGCCGAAGAUGAAUGGACGGCUGAGAUUUAAUCUGCGGUGGGGCGAUCUGCUGGAGCCGAAUCCAGACAACAUCUUGGCCAUUGGAUUGACGGGGGUCCUCGCCUGGGCGAGCGUCCAAGUCCUCUGGCAGAUCUUCUUCGUCUCCUUGGCUAUCCUCCUUGCUGCUCUCAAGUACUCCUUCGUUGCCGCUCUUCUCAUCUUUAUCCUCAUUGCCCUUCUUUGAUCCCUCUCUCUCUCUCUCUCUCUCUCGCAUUCUUUUCUUCAAGAUUUUGAUUUGACCUCAUUUUACACAUUAUUGUAAUCUUUAAUUUGACGUCAUUUCACACUUUCUUGUAGUUCAUAAUCAUUUCAAUAUCUAAUCAAGUUUCAACACUGUAGAGAUGGGAAACUAUAUUAUGGGGGGAAAAAAAGUGACUUCUUUUUUA